GCUUUUCCUGUAUGCAGGCCAUGCUAUGAAUAUGAAAGGAAGGAUGGGAAUCAGUCUUGUCCUCAAUGUAAAACCCGAUACAAAAGGCACAAAGGAAGUCCUGCAGUUGUUGGAGAUAGAGAGGAAGAUGUUGCUGCUGCUGAUGGUGCUAGUGACUAUGAGUCAGAAAGCCAAAGCCAAAGCCAAAAGAAGAUUUCAGAGCGCAUGUUGAGCUGGCACAUGAAAUAUGGGCACUCAGAGGAGGUCGGUGCUCCAAAGUAUGAUAAAGAGGUUCCUCACAACCACAUUCCUUUGCUAACCAGUGGACAAGAGGUCUCAGGAGAAUUGUCAGCUGCCUCACCUGAGAGGCUCUCGAUGGCAUCUCCUGGAAUUGGUGGUGGCAAACGGGUCCAUAAUCUGACAUAUUCAUCAGAUAUUAAUCAAUCACCAAAUAUUCGGGGCAUGGAUGCAGGAAUGGGUAAUGUGGCAUGGAAAGAAAGAGUUGAUGGCUGGAAGAUGAAGCAGGAAAAGAAUGCUGCUCCAAUGAGCACUGGCCAGGCUGCUUCUGAAAGAGGAGCGGGAGAUAUUGAUGCCAGUACUGAUGUGCUUAUGGAUGAUUCCUUGCUGAAUGAUGAAGCUCGACAACCGCUUUCAAGGAAGGUUUCUAUCCCAUCAUCUAGGAUUAAUCCAUACCGUAUGGUCAUUGUUCUGCGGCUGGUUAUCCUCUGCAUUUUCUUGCAUUACCGUAUAACGAAUCCUGUGCCCAAUGCAUAUGCAUUGUGGUUGAUAUCAGUCAUAUGUGAGAUCUGGUUUGCCAUAUCUUGGAUUUUGGAUCAGUUCCCCAAGUGGCUCCCUGUGAACCGUGAAACAUAUCUUGACAGGCUCUCACUCAGGUAUGAACCGGAAGGAGAACCAUCACAACUAGCAGCUGUUGACAUUUUUGUCAGUACUGUUGACCCAUUAAAGGAGCCCCCACUUGUGACUGCCAAUACCGUGCUAUCUAUUCUUGCAGUCGAUUACCCAGUUGAUAAGGUCUCCUGCUAUGUGUCUGACGAUGGUGCUGCUAUGUUGACAUUUGAAGCUCUGGCUGAGACGUCAGAGUUUGCAAGGAAAUGGGUUCCUUUUUGCAAGAAGUACAGCAUCGAACCCCGGGCUCCAGAGUGGUACUUUGCCCUGAAGGUUGACUACUUGAAGGAUAAGGUCCAUCCGUCAUUUGUCAAAGAACGUAGAGCCAUGAAGAGAGAAUAUGAAGAAUUCAAAGUUCGUAUUAAUGGAUUUGUUGCAAAGGCACAGAAGGUUCCUGAAGAAGGAUGGGUAAUGCAAGAUGGCACUCCAUGGCCUGGAAACAACACUAGAGACCAUCCAGGAAUGAUCCAGGUGUUUUUGGGCCAAAGCGGAGGACUUGACACAGAGGGUAAUGAGUUACCUCGCUUAGUCUAUGUUUCUCGUGAAAAGCGUCCAGGUUUUCAACAUCACAAGAAGGCCGGUGCCAUGAAUGCGCUGGUUCGUGUAUCAGCCGUUCUUACUAAUGGUCCUUUCUUAUUGAAUCUUGAUUGUGAUCACUACAUAAACAACAGCAAGGCCCUGAGGGAAGCGAUGUGUUUCAUGAUGGAUCCCAACCUUGGGAAAAAUGUUUGCUAUGUCCAGUUCCCUCAAAGGUUUGAUGGUAUUGAUAGGAAUGAUCGAUAUGCCAAUCGUAACACCGUUUUCUUUGAUAUAAACUUGAGAGGUUUGGAUGGCAUUCAAGGACCUGUGUAUGUCGGUACUGGAUGUGUCUUCAAUAGAACGGCCUUGUAUGGAUAUGAACCUCCCGUCAAACCCAAGCAUAAGAAACCCGGGUUGCUGUCUUCACUCUGUGGUGGAAGUCGAAAGAAGAAGUCUAAAUCUAGCAAGAAAGGCUCAGACAAGAAAAAAUCUGGCAAAAACGUUGACCCAACUGUGCCCAUCUUCAACCUGGAAGAUAUAGAAGAAGGAGUCGAAGGGGCUGGAUUUGAUGAUGAGAAGACACUACUUAUGUCACAAAUGAGCCUUGAGAAAAGGUUUGGUCAAUCUGCUGUUUUUGUUGCGUCUACGCUUAUGGAGAAUGGUGGUGUUCCUCAGUCUGCAACCCCAGAAACUCUGCUUAAGGAGGCUAUCCAUGUUAUCAGCUGUGGUUAUGAGGACAAGUCAGAAUGGGGAACUGAGAUAGGAUGGAUCUAUGGUUCAGUCACAGAAGAUAUUCUCACUGGAUUUAAGAUGCAUGCUCGUGGCUGGCGAUCUAUUUACUGCAUCCCCAAGCUUCCAGCAUUUAAAGGUUCAGCUCCUAUCAAUCUUUCAGAUCGUCUGAACCAAGUGCUUCGAUGGGCUCUGGGUUCUGUGGAAAUUCUUCUCAGUAGACACUGUCCCAUCUGGUAUGGUUACAGUGGAAGGCUCAAAUGGCUUGAGAGGUUCGCUUAUGUCAACACCACAAUCUAUCCAAUCACUUCCAUUCCCCUCCUCAUGUACUGUACCUUGCCAGCCGUCUGUCUUCUCACAAAUAAAUUCAUUAUCCCACAGAUUAGCAACAUUGCAAGUAUAUGGUUUAUCUCCCUCUUUCUUUCCAUUGCAACGGGUAUCCUGGAGAUGAGGUGGAGUGGUGUUGGAAUCGACGAGUGGUGGAGAAAUGAGCAGUUUUGGGUCAUCGGUGGUGUCUCCGCCCAUCUAUUCGCCGUGUUCCAAGGUUUACUCAAAGUUCUCGCCGGAAUUGACACAAACUUCACCGUCACCUCCAAGGCAUCAGAUGAAGAAGGCGACUUUGCUGAACUCUACAUGUUCAAAUGGACCACCCUCCUCAUCCCACCCACCACCCUCAUCAUCAUCAACCUCGUCGGAGUCGUCGCCGGCAUCUCCUACGCCAUUAACAGUGGCUACCAGUCGUGGGGCCCACUCUUUGGCAAGCUUUUCUUCGCGUUCUGGGUCAUCAUCCAUCUCUACCCUUUCCUCAAAGGUCUCAUGGGAAGGCAGAACCGCACGCCAACCAUUGUUGUGGUCUGGUCCAUCCUGCUUGCCUCCAUCUUCUCUUUGUUAUGGGUCCGGAUCGACCCGUUCACGACCCGAGUCACCGGUCCUGAUUCAGAGCAAUGUGGAAUCAACUGCUAG